GAGCUCACUAUCAACUCGGGAGAGAGACGAGAUUGCUCUCUUGCGCUUUCCUCAUCUCUUUGGAUUCGGUAAUGGCGACGUCCUUGAUGGCAAGGCCAGUUCUGGCGACCCGAUCGCGCCCGCCGGCGGCGGCGGCGGCGGCGGCGGCGGCGGCGGCGGCGGCGGCGGCGGCGGCAUUCGAGACGGCGCCAGGCGUGGAGGCCGUGUCGAGCUUCGACAGCAUGGGCCUGAGCGACGAUGUCCUCCGUGGGAUCUACGGCCACGGGUUCGACAAGCCCUCGGCGAUUCAACAGCGAGCCGUGGUCCCCAUUGUCCGAGGCCGAGACGUGAUCGCUCAGGCGCAAUCCGGCACGGGCAAGACCUCCACCUUUGCCCUCGCGUCUUGCCAGAUCGUGGACACCUCCAGAAGAGACGUGCAAGUGCUGAUUUUGUCACCUACGAGGGAUUUGGCGAGUCAGACGGAGAGAGUUGUGCUGGCUAUUGGUUAUUACAGGAACGUGCUAGCCCAUGCAUGCGUUGGAGGCAAGAGCAUGGGUGAAGAUAUCCGGAAAUUGGAGCACGGAGUUCAUGUUGUCGGAACUCCGGGCAGGGUGCUCGACAUGAUAAAGAGGAGAACUCUUCGCACCAGAGCCAUCAAACUCCUAGUCCUUGACGAAGCUGAUGAGAUGCUGAGCAGAGGAUUUAAAGAUCAAAUCUACGAUGUUUACAGAUUCCUUCCUCCAGAGCUUCAGGUUGUCUUAGUUUCAGCAACCUUCCCCACUGAGAUAUUAGAGAUGACAGGAAGAUUCAUGGCCGAUCCCAUAAGGAUUGUUGUGAAGCGUGAUGAGUUGAUGCUGGAGCGCGUCGACCAGUACAUGGUGCCAGUGGAAAGAGAAGACUGGAAAUUUGACACUCUGUGCGAUCUAUACGACAACUGCCCCAUAAGCCAAGGAGUUGUAUUCUGCAACACUAAGCGGAAGGUGGAGUGGCUUGCAGAAAAGAUGCGUGAUUCUAACUUCACUGUGUCUUUCAUGCACGGGGACAUGCCUCAAAAGAGAGAUGCAGUAAUGGCUGGAUUUCGAUCUGGGACGACUCGGUUGAUGAUCACCACCGAUGUGUGGGCUCGAGGGAUUGAUGUUGAGCAGGUUUGUCUUGUUGUCAACUAUGAUCUUCCCAACAGCAGAGAGCUGUACGUCCAUCGGGCCGGUCGAGUAGGCCGUUUUGGGCGGAAGGGUGUUGUGGUAAAUUUUGUCAAAGACAAGGAGAUCCAGAUUCUUAGAGACAUAGAGCAGUAUUAUGGCACCAACAUAAGCGAAUGUCCGGAGGACCCUGCCGAUAUAAUAUGACGAGAUAACAAUGGGUACUCUUAAAAAGGCCGCGUGAGGUUCGGUUAUUAUUCUAUAGCUUUACUGCCGAUCCAUAUAUUAUCGCAUUGUUUGAUCUUGUCAAAACUUGGAAGCAAUUGGGUUGUGUUUGGAAUGUUUAAUUCGAGGGUUCUAUGUUAGUUUUCCGAGUUCCGAUC